UUCCUUGUGUGGUCUCUGUGAGCAUGAAAUUCAAGCGUUACCUAUCUCCGUAUCAGGGAAUUAAGAUUGCCGUGAAUUUCCAGGCCACCUUCUGAUACGUGCCAAUAUCAAAAUUCGGGAGAUUAGAAGAAGGCUUGAAUUACUAAGAGAAAAUCUAGAGAAAGAAAUUGGAGAUCAUCAGAAGGAUGGAGGAAUAAGUGAAAAUAUAGAAAGAGAAAUUGAAAACAAGCAAAGGAAGCCAAGAAGAAAGAGAACAGCGGAAUAUUCGCUCCUAAAAUCCAAUUUCGGAUAUACAGUCUUUUAUCCUUAAAUUGACUGCUGUCAGAUCAGCACCGCCUUAUAUUCAUUGAAAAAAAGAUACAAAAGAUAACAAAAGCCUUAAAGUGGAACUCCGUGUUGGAGUUGCGGAUAAUGUGGCUCAGUCUCGCAGCUGUUCAAAUUUUGGAGUUGUGGGUUCAGUCGUCAUCACCUUCAAGCACUUUUUUAUUUCCUCUGAUCACUCUAUAGAACUAAUUCUAACUUCAUCCUUCAAGCUUAUUCACUCUCAUCACCAUCUUCACACAACUAAAAUGGCCAACCUAACUCUUCCCUUUCGUAUUUGUUUCCUUCUCCUCUGUUUUUUCUCGGCUUCAGGAGGAUUCUCGAAGAUGGUUAAUGUCCAGGGAAUUUGGUGUGUUGCGAAUCCCGGAGCCGACAUCUCCGCACUACUUAUAAAUCUAGACUAUGCCUGCGGUCAUAUAGAUUGUGAUCCGGUACGACCAGGCGGCUCUUGUUUCUAUCCAGACACGUACAUAGACCAUGCCUCCUUUGCCAUGAAUCUUUACUUUCAGAGCAAUUGCAGAAAUCUUUCCAGUUGUGGCUUCAGAGAGACCGGCCAGAUCGUUACAAGGGACCCCAGCUAUGGAAAUUGCAUUUAUGGGCAUAAUGGCUGUCGUCUCUAAGAGUUGUUAGGGAGUAAUGGAUCGAUCACUCGGUGUCUGGUUUUUUCAAUAAAGAAGUUCAGAGAGCUUUCGAUUUUGUUUCCAAGAAUUAAAUGCCGACUGAUUUCUAUAUGUUAUAGAAAAUAUAGUUACAAAUAAUUGAUAUAUAAUUAUAAUUAAAAUAGACAUAUGUAGAGCCCUAGAUUCAAGCUGUGCUCAGUUUAAUCGAGUCGUAAAGGGAUGAGUUUGAUAAACCCCAAAAAAACAGCCAAAUAAGGAUUUGCUGGAAAGGAGGCUGAACCACCAAGAUAUGCAGAAAAUGUGGCAUGCUGUAAUUGGGAGGACAAAGUGCAGAGGAAUUAUAAGGUUGGAGUGGAAACGUUAGGCAUAAGGAGAAAUUGGGAAAAGAAGAACAGAGUGAGAGAGUCUCAGCCUCUCGAAAGCUGGAGAGUGGUUGGGGCAUUUUUCUUGGUUUGGUUUAUGCAUUUUGGAAUCUGUUUAUGUCAGUAGAGAAACCAAUAUGAUGUAAUGACACUUUUAUUUCAUUUCUGCAAUAUAAUCUAUACAAGAGUAUUUCUGUUA